AUGGAAAGGAGAAAAACGCCUUUGAUUUCAGCUUUAUCCCAAGAACCAGGUGUGUUUUGCUGCGAAAGAUUAGCCCGGUUCUUUUCUUCUUAUCACCGGAUCGUUCGAAAGGUUGCAUGGAUGAUAAGGUUUCUGUGGAACAAAUAUUCAAAGAAGGAAAAGCGCUCUGGAGAGCUGUCUUUGUCGGAAAUCGCAAGAGCUGAAAAGGUGGUUCUGAACUCGAUACAGGAUGAAGCUUUUGAAGGGCUAGGUGAUAAACAGCUCAAAAAUUUGAAGCCACACGAAGAUAAAGUCGGACUGAUGCGUUUGAGAACCCAUAUUUGGGCGAGAAAGGACCCUGAAGACUUCCGUGCACCCUAUAUUCUUCCUUUCCAGCAUGUCAUUGUUGACAGAUUGAUCCACGACUUGCACACGCAGAAUGGACACAUUGGGGGGCAAGGUCUUCUGAACCUUCUAAGAGAAAGAUUCUGGAUCGUUAGAGGGAGGCAAGCUGUGAGAAGAAUUGUGUCUGCGUGUGUGAUAUGCAGGCGUUAUAGGGCCAAGGCAUUGGAAGUCGAAUCUCCACCGCUCCCGGAGAAUCGGGUAAGGGACGCUCGUGUGUUCGAAAUCAGUGGCACGGAUUUUGCUGGUCCACUCUACCUUAAAAAUGGAGACAAGGUUUAG